GGCGCGGGGCAGCGGUCAAGGUCUGUCUGCCAGCGCCUCCCUCGCUGCGGACACGGGCUGCCGCGUCCCCCUCGGGGGGAUCCCACGGCGGAAUGAAGUGGGCGCUGAUGAUCCGCGAAACCCUCACCGUGCAAGCCCACGCAGACCCUGGCUGCCUGCUCUUGCGCAUUCUCACCAGAGUUGUCUGAGCCACAGAGAGGCAUCCGGCUGAUUAUGGAGUGCGGAGGCCCCCUGGCCAAAUCGUGUUGGUUGCUGCUGCUGCUGCUGCUGCUGCCGCCGCCGCCAUCUCAUAACCACCAGGGACAGGCUCUGAGACAGAUCACUCCCACCCAGGUGCAGGAACAGGACAGGGGGAUCCAGGACCCUCCUGCUGUGCACCUCAGCAAUGGCCCAGGACAAGAGCCUGUCUCUAUCAUGAUCUUUAACCUCACCAAGAUCACAAAAGCCUCCUCCUCCUUUGAGUUUCGAACCUGGGAUCCAGAGGGAGUGCUUUUUUAUGGUGAUACCAACCCAAAGGAUGACUGGUUUGUGCUGGGACUUCGAGAGGGCAGGCCUGAGAUCCAACUGCACAACCCCUGGGCCCAGCUUACCGUGGGCGCUGGCCCCCGGCUGGAUGAUGGGAAAUGGCACCAGGUAGAAGUGAAGAUCCUUGGGGACUCAGUGGUGCUGGAGGUGGAUAAGGAAAAGGUGCUGCACCUGAGACAGGUCGCUGGGCCUCUGGCCAAAAAGCCCCAGCCCGUCAUGAGGAUUGCACUUGGGGGACUGCUGUUCCCCGCCUCCAACCUCCGGCUGCCGCUCGUACCUGCCCUGGAUGCCUGCCUGCGCAGGGAUAGCUGGCUGGACCCACAGGCCCAGAUUUCAGUGUCUGCCCCCACUGGCCUCAGAAACUGUACUGUAGAGUCCCAACCUGGGAUAUUCUUCCCUCCAGGAACUCAUGCAGAGUUCAGUCUCCAAGAUAUUCCUCAGCCUCACGUAGAGCCCUGGGCCUUCUCUGUGAACCUGGGACUCCAGCUGGCAGCGGGCUCUGGCCACCUCCUUGCCUUGGGGACCCCAGAAAACCCUUCUUGGCUCAGCCUCCAACUCCAAGAUCAAAAGGUGGUGCUGUCUUAUGGGUCCGGGCCAGGCCUGGAUCUGCCCCUGGUCUUGGGACUCCCUCUUCAGCUGAAGCUGAAUGUGUCCAAAGUGCUCUUGAGCCAGGGGCCAAAGAAGAUCCUUGCUCUGCCUCCGGGGGGCCUUGACUCCCUCCUCCGCCUCUGGGCCCACCCCCAGGGGCGUCUCUUCCUGGGGACUUUGCCAGGAGAGGCCUCUUCUGCCUCCUUUUGCUUGGACGGCCUUUGGGCACAAGACCAGAGGCUAGACAUGGAUCGGGCCCUGAGCAGAAGCCAGGACAUCUGGACUCACAGCUGUCCCCAGAGCCCAGGCAAUGCCACUAACACCACCCAUUAAAUCCCCACCUAAGAACUCCCUUUGAAUGUCACUCAUUUAUUUAUUC